CUGUCUUAGACUACAAGGACACGAAGGACAGUAGUCAUUCUGAAAGCCCGGCGCCUCUGCACACGGUCUGGCGGUCAGGAAUGCGGCUCGGCCCCUUUAAGUCCAGCCUGGGAACGCCCCGGGCAGGCACCACGGUUCCGGGAUCUACAGGCUGGGAAAGCCAGUGCUGCAGCGACCUCUCGGCUCCUGUCACCGAGGUGCCCCGCCCCGCGCGCCCGCCCGCUGCUUCCUGGAGCUGCUGGGCCUUGGCGUGGGGAAAAUGAGCCGCAUCUACCAUGACAGCGUCCUCCGCAACAAGGCGGUGCAGAGCGCGCGACUGCGCGGGGCCUGGGACCCCGCCGCCCACCAGGGGGGAAAUGGCGUCUUGCUGGAGGGAGAGCUGGUGGAUGUAUCUCGGCACAGCAUCUUGGAUGCCCAUGGCAGGAAGGAGCGCUACUAUGUGCUGUAUAUCCGGCCCAGCUGUAUCCACCGACGCAAGUUUGACCCCAAGGGAAAUGAAAUCGAGCCCAACUUCAGUGCCACCAGGAAGGUGAACACAGGCUUCCUCAUGUCAUCUUACAAGACAGAAGCCAAGGGAGAUACCGACAGGCUCACGGCGGAGAUGCUGAAGGACCUGGUAAACAAGCCAGAGCUGCUGGAGCUGACGGAGAGCCUCACCCCAGACCAGACAGUGGCAUUCUGGAUGCCUGAGUCAGAGAUGGAGGUCAUGGAACUUGAGCUGGGGACUGGAGUGCGGUUAAAAACUCGGGGUGACGGCCCCUUUAUAGAUUCCUUAGCCAAACUGGAACUGGGGACAGUGACCAAGUGUAAUUUUGCCGGUGAUGGAAAGACCGGGGCAUCCUGGACAGAUAACAUCAUGGCCCAGAAGUUUUCAGAGAGGGACACGGCGGAGAUCCGAGAGCAAGGAGAUGGGGCAGAGGAUGAGGAAUGGGAUGACUGAGGUGCCUCCUUCAUCUACCAGCAUCUGAGAUGGUGUCAUUGAGAAGUGGCCAGAUCCAACUUCCACCCUGGAGAGAGCAGUCUUGUCAAGCUGAAUACCAUUUAACACGUUCUGCUGAGAUCAAAUCCAAGACCUCAAGACUCACAGAGGGUCUCCAGGCUGUGGCUUUUGUAUGUGUGUGUUUCUGUUUGGACACAAGGCUAGCUUUCCUAGACAUUUUCCCGCAUUCCUUUCCCUAGGUGGUAAACACGUACUAGAUGAGCCUUCCAAGGCACAGUCCUGAUGCACAAUUAAGGAAUGUCCCUGUCUGA